GAUCCGCUGCCAGAAACCAGUCAGCUGCGAGCUGCCUUUGUUCCUCCCUCCCUCCUUUUUCCGUCAGCUGAUCCUUGCCUGUCACUUCCCUUUCAGAGAGUGGCUGUGAACAACAUCACAAGCCUCUAGAUCCAACAGGGCACCGUGUCUCUUCCUUUCUCCUCCCCUGCAAGGAAGCAACUCUUCUUGCAGGCGAUCGGGAGGGUUGUGGUGGUCGCACAUUUGCUGUGUGUGUGUGUGUUGUGGAAAGGAUGAUCUGAACGAUGAUCUGAAAGCCCAGCCCAACAGAAUUGCCCUUGGAGCUGUCCAAGGCAGCCUCCUGGAUUGCCUGCCUUCAACUUGGGCUGAAACUCUUGUUCUUCCUUCCCAUCUGGGGAAUGGCUUCCAAUUUCAAUGACAUCGUGAAGCAAGGCUAUGUCAAGAUCCGGAGCAGGCGUUUAGGGAUAUAUCAGAGAUGUUGGCUGGUCUUCAAGAAAGCAUCAAGCAAAGGGCCCAAAAGAAUAGAAAAAUUUUCAGAUGAGCGUGCUGCCUACUUCCGAUGCUAUCACAAGGUUACAGAACUUAAUCAUGUGAAGAAUAUACUGCGAUUGCCAAAAGGCACCAGAAAGCAUGCUGUAGGGAUAUAUUUUAACGAUGACACAUCCAGGACGUUUGCAUGUGAAUCAGAACUUGAAGCAGAUGAAUGGUGCAAAGUCUUGCAGAUAGAGUGCCUGGGGACUCAGAUUAAUGACAUUAGCCUUGGAGAACCUGACCUACUGGCUUCCGGUGUAGAGAGGGAACAAAGUGAGAGAUUCAAUGUGUAUUUGAUGCCAUCCCCUAAUUUAGAUGUCCAUGGGGAAUGUACCUUGCAGAUAACAUUUGAAAACAUCUGUCUUUGGGACAUCCAGAAUCCCAGAGUUAAGCUCGUCUCUUGGCCUUUAAGUGCCCUGCGGCGAUAUGGACGGGACUCCACUUGGUUUACAUUUGAAGCUGGAAGGAUGUGUGAUACUGGGGAAGGUCUAUUCAUCUUUCAGACAAGAGAAGGGGAGGCAAUCUAUCAGAAGGUUCAUUCAGCGGCUUUGACCAUAGCAGAACAACAUGACCACUUAUUACAGAGUGUGAAAAACUCCAUGAUGAAAAUGAGUGAACGAGCUGUAUCUCUUGGCACCAUGGUCCCUUUGCCACGGAGUGCCUACUGGCAGCACAUCACACGCCAACACAGCACUGGACAGCUCUUUGGCUUACAAGAAAGUCCACUGAAGAUCCAUCGAACAGAAACUUUCCCUACCUACCGAUCAGAGCAUUGAUAAAAGAGAGCCAAGGACUUUCAAAAUGUGUGUGUGCCCUUGUGUUGCAAUGAACUAACUGUGAAGAAGCUUUUGUUGACACUGGACAACAAAAAUGAAGCAGUUAGAAAAGAGGAAGACUGGAUUAGAAUUGCAAUAUGAUUUUUACAAAGUAUUUGAUUGAAUGAAAUGCAACCUGAAGAUAACUUUGGAAAGUUGCUACAUUUGAUAGUUACAUACAUCUAGAAAUACAGAGCUCUCCUGCAGUGUGAUCCUCCCCCUCCCCUUGAAUAUAAUUGAUAUCGGUUGAUGCUUUGUCCUCUGGUAUGAAUUGUUGAAGAUUUCCUUGAUUCAUUUCAAUGGUAUUUUAGGUAAUGUAGUUUACAGUCUUUGUAUAUUUUUCCUUCACUUCAGUGUCCUGACUCAUCACUGAGCAUAGCACUUUUCAGAAUGGUGACCAGUUUUUAGGAACUGGAAUCUGUUGUCCCUGUCUAUUAAAGGUCUGGUUAAGACUCGUCUAAGUUAU